GUGGUCUCUUCCAGCCAAUGAGAAGUUAGCCCGGAACUCUCCUAACGCCUCUCAUAUUACAGCAGAAAGCAUGGGGAAGACUGGAACACCGGGUGGAAAGAUCAACAGACCCAAAACAGAGCUUGGCAAGAAGCUCUAUAAGCGGCGGAGGAAUCUGACCCGUGAGAAGAGGAGGAGACACAUCAAGGUGGGAGCUGUGGUGGACGAAGGACUCACCACCAUCCACCAUCUCAGGAAGAGAAACUCCAGCCCCAGAGCCAACAUCACUCUGUCUGGGAAGAAGAAACGCAAGCUGCUCAAACAGCUGCAACACAUGAAAGCAGAGAAGGCCGCUAUGGAAGUUGAGGCAGCAACAAACAAGACGAAGGUGGCAGCAGCACCAAAGAAGGCAGCACCAAAGGCAGCGGCAGCCAGACGCCAGAAAGGGGGUGUGUCCCAGGGGGAUGUGGACAUGGCAGAUAUGGAAUGAGAAGAGGAUGUUCUGUUGGCCCCAUGCCAAGGCCAGACCGGGCCCCACAUUCAGACCGGGCCCCACAUUCAGACCGGGCCCCACAUUCAGACCGGGCUCCACAUUCAGACCGGGCCCCACAUUCAGACCGGGCCCCACAUUCAGACCGGGCCCCACAUUCAGACCGGGCCCCACAUUCAGACCGGGCCCCACAUUCAGACCGGGCCCCACAUUCAGACCGGGCCCCACAUUCAGACCGGGCCCCACAUUCAGACCGGGCCCCACAUUCAGACCGGGCCCCACAUUCAGACCAGGCUCCAUAUUCAGACCAGGCUCCAUAUAUAUGAAUAUGAUUUUAUGGACGGGGCCUGAUCCUGGAUCAGUUUUAGCCUUUUAGACCUAAUGAAUAUGAUUACAUGGACGGGGGAGCUGAUCCUGGAUCAGUUUUAGCCUUUUAGACCUAAUGAAUAUGAUUACAUGGACGGGGGAGCUGAUCCUGGAUCAGUUUUAGCCUUUUAGACCUAAUGAAUAUGAUUACAUGGACAGGGGAGGCUGAUCCUGGAUCAGUUUUAGCCUUUUAGACCUAAUGAAUAUGAUUACAUGGACAGGGGAGGCCUGAUCCUGGAUCAGUUUUAGCCUUUUAGACCUAAUGAAUAUGAUUACAUGGACAGGGGAGGCUGAUCCUGGAUCAGUUUUAGCCUUUUAGACCUAAUGAAUAUGAUUACAUGGACGGGGGAGCUGAUCCUGGAUCAGUUUUAGCCUUUUAGACCUAAUGAAUAUGAUUACAUGGACAGGGGAGGCCUGAUCCUGGAUCAGUUUUAGCCUUUUAGACCUAAUGAAUAUGAUUACAUGGACAGGGGAGGCCUGAUCCUGAGCCAGAGAGCCUUGUGUUUGUGUAUCUGAAUGCCGUCAUUGUAAAUAAGAAUUUGUUCUUAACUGACUUGCCUAGUUUAAAUAAAAUAAAAAACAGACAGAA